AUGUCAGGAAGCAAAGUGUUUCUAACGUAUAAGCGAAAGCGGCAAUCAAGAACAGAUCCUGUACAGGGACAUGAGUGCCGUAAUUCACUUUUUGUUGCUCCCAAUGAUACUUCUUUAAGCAAACCACCAGACUUGCAAGUUCAUUUGAUUGAUAAGCGUUCAUCAGAAAAUUACAACAGAAAUUCUGCGCACUGUGGAAAAUGCCUUCAGUCGUAUCAUCUCCAAUGCCUAGAUAAGCCCCAUGAGGAAAAGAAACACAUUGAAGUGUCUGGCACAAGACAAAUACCAAUUAAAACCAUUCCGACAAGUCUUGAUGAGGUUCCUUCCCAAAGGGAUGCAUAUGGGAAUAAGUCUAGUGGCAAGAAAGUAGGCUCAUCUUCAAAUGCUAAUGCUGGAGCAUUGGUUGAUGAUAAUAAUGUUGGAGGGAGUUCUUAUGAAGAAACUUCCCCUGAAAACUGCUCAGUAGAUCAUGAAGCAGAUUUGAAGCACUCCAGAGAGAACUUAUUGGUUUCUUAUAUUUUAAUUGCUUACUUCAUUCAUCGGGACAGUUUGAUGCAUGAAGAAGAACAACUUCAUGAUGAGGAAAAGACAGGCAGUGACGCCUUACAACAGGCUGGAGAAGUACUUGGCCAGAGUGCUCAAAGUGCAAUGGAUGUUGAAGUUCUUUGCAUGGAUCAUUUAAGAAAAAGUAGUGAUACUAGAGACUCCUCUUCUGAAGCUGCAACUCUAUGUAAACCAGGAAAAACCCAUGCAUUGAUAAGAGAUGAAGCUCAAGUUUUAUCAAGUGCUGAUCCUAAAGCCACAGAAACCCCUCAUUUAGGCAGAUCACCUCCUUAUUUGGACUUGUCUGCUAUCCCCACUGGUAAUAGGACUUCAUUAAUUUCCAGGAAUGCAUUUGAACCAGACCAUGGUGGUUCUAAUCAUUCUGCAAAAGUAUGGCCAGCCAAUGGUUGUACAGGUGAAAGGGGGAACUGGGAGGUCUGCAAAGAAACCUGCUGCAAAUUUGAGCUUGAGAUUGCAAGGGAAGCUGCCCCAUUUGUGGAUCCUGCUGUUUUGGUGGAAACUUAUGAACAAGAGGAAUGUGUCGAUGAUCUUGAAGGGGAUGAUCGGAUUCAAUCUGCGCUUGCUCACAUUGUGACGCACGCACUUUUGAAGAUGCUCCUGGACCUGAUUAUGCAAAGAAAGAAUUUCAUAUUAGAAUGCUUUUCAAUCCAACUUCCUCUGCAAGUGGAGGAGGCAUUUGCUUUCUGUGGUACUCCAGAAGGUGAUCUGGUCCAUCCUGCAGCAGUACUGGAGACAGUUAGGCGUCAUAGAGUCAAUGUCGAUGGCAAUGUCUGUACUGUCAUGGUAACCACUUUGGUUCUUGAGGGAUGGCAGCGGAAACUUGAUCCCAGGUAUAUAUCAGCAGCUGUUUGCGGGUUUAUCCCUCUUGUUGCUUAG